AUGGUGAAAUCUCAUAGAAUUAUAGAGUACUAUUUGAAUUAUCAAACAUGUUCAUGUCCAAGUGGUGAACGAUUCAUUGCAGGUGGUUGUCAAGCGAAAAAUGAACAAUGUGCACCCGGUCGUAUUCUAUGUCAAAAUCGUUUAAAUUGUGCUGAAUCAGCUCGUAUGUGUGAACAAGAUCAUACACAAUAUACUGAAGCAUUUAAAACUACAGCACGUUGUACACUUGAUAAACCUAAUGAUGGUUUUGAUUGUUAUUAUACUGGUACUGAAUUAAGUAAUGCAAAUCAUACAUGUAUUCCAUUUGAAUGGCUUUGUGAUGGUUUUUAUGAUUGUCCAUUGGGUAAUGAUGAAGAACAUUGUCAUAAAAUAACAACAACAACAAGAACACUAACAAGAGAUCCAAGUCGAUGUUUAACUGAAAAACGAUUUACUCAUAUUAUGUGUGGUGAUAAAUGUAUGAAAAUAAAGGAUAUUUGUCGAAAUGUUUCCAAUGCAGUAUUAUGUUCGGAUCAAUUUCAUCUUAAUUGUAAACAAACACAUGAUAAAAAUCAAUAUGUUUGUAAAUGUCGUAAUAAUAAAAAUCAAUGUAUUACAAUGAUUGAAAAUUGUGAUGAUUUUGAACGUUGUGAACAAAUUUGUCAAGAAUCAAUUCAUUAUGCUACUUCGAAAUCGAAUACACUUGAUGCAGUAUCAUCAAAAAUCUGGAUAAUACUUGCUAUUGUCAUUUUUAUUAUUCUUCUUAUUGCUAUUAUUUUUAUGACUCUUCGUUAUAUGCGUGGAAAAAAUGCAAAAAAAGCUCCAGCACAAUCACGUACUCCAGCGGCACCAACAAUAAUAACAACUAAUUCUUCACCGAGUGAUGCUCAACAACAACUACUCAAUCAAGGUACUAAUACAGCCAAUGAAACAAGUUAA